UUCUAUUUUUAGACUGAUUGACAUGACAAUCCACGAUAUAAACAAACAAUCUGAUAUUCUCUCAGUAUUAAGCUUUUGUGUUGCUUCCUAAACUCAUUUCUCGAAGAUGCCAAAACUGAAGGUGGUCAUAGUUGGAGAUGGUGCAGUGGGGAAAACAUGUUUUCUCAUUCGAUUGAGCACCAAUUCAUUCCCCAGUGGAUACGUCCCUACUGUGUUUGAUAACUUUAGCAGCGAUAUUAUGGUGGACGGAAAAUCAGUCUCAGUGUCGCUAUGGGAUACACCCGGCCAAGAAGACUAUGAUAGGAUCCGCCCACUUUCCUAUCCCCAGACGGACAUUUUCCUGAUUGCAUUUUGUGUUAAGUCCCCAACUUCAUUUGAAAGUUCAUUUGAAAACAUCAAAUAUAUGUGGAUACCUGAAAUUCGUCAUCAUUGUCCGAACACACCUGUGCUGCUACUGGGGCUCCAGUGUGACCUCAGAGGUCAAGAGGUCAAUGGUGACUACACUGAUGUCCCCCGCGAAGAUGCUCUGCAACUGGCAAAAGAUCUUGGAGCGGUGGGUUACUAUGAGACCAGUGCCCUCACAGGAGCUGGUGUGAGGGAGGCUAUUGACGCUGGUGUGAGGGCAGUGCUAACAAGAGCAGGGAGGAGACGUAGAUUCGUACUACCAUGGAAACGACACUCCAAAUCAGCCGAACAAUCAUCCGAACAAUCAUUUUACACAAAUAUCAAUGAACCCUCCCCGCCCCCUCAAAUGCCCGCAAUAAAAGUCCAAACUUCAACGUUUUCCUCUGAUUGGGAAAAAUCGAUAAACAACCCAUCUCAUUCAGACGUGGUCUUAAGACUGGAGGGCAAGACGUAUCAUGCCCAUCGCUAUGUGCUGGCAUCUGCUUCAGAUCUGUUUAGACAGCUGUUCGGGGUGACUCAGGAAGUUAAGGUUGAUAGUCUGUGUGAUGGGUGGGACAAGGCACGACUAAAGAAGGUUACUGUGGAGACGGUCAACUCGAGGCAGUUGGAGGGAAUGCUUCACAUUGAAGACAGACCUGACUCGGACGGUAAACAGCUGACGGAGAUGGCCUUUGACCCCUCUGUGGUGACGGAGCUGGCGCUAUCUCGUGCCCUAGCAUUCCUCUACACUGGAGUGGUGGAACUAGACAAAGAGAGCGAAGGUUUCGACGAAACAAUCAAGAUUUCUCAGCUGCUGAAUUUUCCCGAGUUGGAGCUCAUGUGUGAGAAUGCUCGUAAAGGGGAGGAGUCUCUGAAUCCGAAAAUUAUAACGUGGUUGAACGAACGACAUGCCAGUGUCACUAAGCAACUAUUUCUCAACAAGGGAUUGUUCUCUGACGUAUGUUUCCUGGUGGAGGGUGUGGUUGUCCCCGCCCAUCGACUAGUACUGACCACACGAUGUGAGGUCAUGUCGGCCAUGUUGUCUGGAGCCUUCCAUGAGAGCACAGCUACCGAGAUAUCCAUACCUGAUAUUCCAUUGGACACGUUUGUGAGUUUCCUAGAGUACCUGUACACUGACCACGCCCCCAUUGAGGAGGGGGACUCUAUAGGAAUAUUGGAGCUGGCCAACAGAUACGUGAUGAGUCGGCUCAUGUCACUCUGUGAACUGUAUAUCUCCAAGCAUGUGGAGAGGGCCACAAAAGAUUCCAUUGCAAAGGCAAACGUCGACAUUAUAGGAAUCCUGCUCUCCUCACAGCUGCACAACGCGUCUCAGCUCAGCACUUGGUGCCUCCAUUUCAUCUCAAACAAUUACGCUGAUUUUGAGGAAAAUGAACAAUUCCUGCAAUUGGACCAAGACAACCUCUCUUAUGUGGAGGAGCAUCGAUGGCCACCUUACGAGGCCGCUAUGAACGAGUGUAAGGCCAAGUACCUCGAUACUGAGGGGGAGGAGUCAGGUGACCCCUCCGCUACUACAGAUGACCCCCCCAGGACAGCGGACAAUGGAGCAGCUGUCAAGAGCCACAAGAGACGAGGACUCUCUCGACUGUUCAAAUAGUCUGAAAAACUGUCACUCUGUUUGUGUUAGAUGCCAUUGAUUUUUAUUCCAUGCAGUCACUUCUUUUCCUUUUACUAUAGUGUACAAUUUAUGAGAAAAUGCUCCAUUCGAUAA